AACAGCUUGGUCACGUGGUUUAGGAGGAGGCGUAGCCUGGCGGAGACAAACCCGGAAGUGACGUCAGAGAGCUAACCGGCUAGGCGCUGUUUUCAGGCAGGGCGCGCGCACCGAACCUGACCCACUCCCAGCAGCAGAACCGAGCGGUGUUUGAGUGACAUCACUUGCUUGGCUCUGUCGCCGACUUCCGUGCGGCUUGGCGUGGAACCUGCAGUAAAGUAACGUGCAGAGACCAGACCAUGUAGGUCAUGCUUAAGGCUUCUGUCCUUACUUAACCUGUCUAACCUGUUUGUUAGAGCCUCAGAAUGAGCAGCCGGGGAGGUGGGGAGACCACAACCCAAGAGGAGGAUUUCUACGACUGUCCAGAAACUCCUGAGCAUCCUGAUCCCAUUGGAGAGGAGGAGGAGGAGUGUGAAGAGCAGAGGAGGAAGAAGCAAAACCCUACAGAGGAGUCUGACCUCAACGUGGACACAGACACCCAAAGAGGAAACGAAGACAAAGAGACAGAAGAAGAAAAAGAAGAGGCCGAACUAGAGGAUUCAGACGCUGAGUUCAAAGAGGAGGUCUGCAGUGGAGCCGAGUUUGAUGACGACUACUUGAGGGAGGUGGAGAAGACGCUGACCGAAGAGGAGAAGGAGAGUCGACGACAGCAGAGUUUGACCCUGAAGGAAACAGGCAACGGCCAGUUUAAAGCAAGAAACUGGUCUGAGGCAGAGGACAGCUACUCCAAGGCUUUGGCGUUAUGUCCCGUGUGUUUCAGCCGAGAGAGGGCGGUGCUGUUCUCCAACCGAGCAGCAGCAAGACUGCAUCUGGACAUGAAGGAUCAGGCAAUCUCAGACUGCAGCAGAGCGAUAGACCUGGAUCCAGACUACCUGCGGGCCCUGUUGAGACGGGCAGAGCUUUACGAGCAGACGGAAAAGCUGGAUGAAGCUCUGGAAGACUACCAGAAGGUUCUGGAGCGCGAUCCAAGCCACAGUGGAGCCAGGCAGGCUUGUGUGAGGUUGCCUCCGCUGAUACAAGAGAGAAACGAGAAGCUAAAGGAGGAGAUGAUCAGUAAGCUGAAGGACCUGGGUAACAUGGUUCUGAGGCCAUUUGGACUCUCCACCAACAACUUCCAGGUCAACCAGGACCCAAACAGUGGCUCCUACGCCAUUAACUUUGUGCAGAACCCGAACAACAACAACAAAUGACAUCACAGAAGAGGCGUGUCCCUUUGGCUCAUCCAGCUGCUCUUCAGUGGACUCGGGGGCAGCUGGUUAAUUGAUUAUGGACUGGUUAACGGGUCAACCUGAAUUCAAGUGUUUUCCUCUGAUCUGUGGCUCACCAGAGCUCUAGACCUUCCAAUUGGACAGAUCAGUGAGCUCCAGGACUCAGGGGUCUGCAGCGUCCAGAGACUUCCUGUUUGAGUACGGCAGUCAGCUGCACACAAAAAUACUCAAGUAUUCAAAGUACUCCUGACAAAUGUACUUUAACUGUAGAUGAGUGCAGUGAAUAAAGACGGAGGGGAUUGUUCGUGGGAGAAACUUUUA